AUGGCCGACGACGUCGCGGCACCCGCGCCGGACGCGGAGAUGACCGAUGCGCCCGCGCCCGACGGGGCGGGAGGCGAGAUCUCAACCGGCGGCGAUCACGCGCUCAAUUCCGCGCCGAACGUCGGGACCGGAGACGGGGGCGCGCCGCUGGCGCGGGCGCAGCCCGCGGCGUCGGACGCGACGCCCCCGAAGCCGCGGGUGUUCAAGAUCGGGGAUAAGGUCAGCGCGCUGGCGUCCUUCGACGGGGUCCACCACGAGGCGACGGUGGUGGAUCUCCGCCGCGCGAAGGGCGCCGAGGGUAAGGACGAGGACGCGAUCGGCCCACACGACGUGAGCUACUACGUGCGGUACGCGGGGAUGGACAAGCGCCUCGACGCGUGGGUCGCCGGGUCGAACGUGGACGUCUUGGACCCGGGGAUGACGCGCAACCUGAGCGACCCGCUCCUGGGACCCGGCUCGCUGGCGUCGCCGAGGAAAGAUUCCGUCAACCUCGGCGACGGAGCCCCGCACACGGAGGGACGCAAGGUGACGCGCAACCUCAAGCGAAGGUACAACGAGAUCAACAACGUCGCCGGGUCCAUCGAGGACCUCGCGCCCAUCGACCAGAAGCUGGAGAAGGAGCACGACGAGAAGACCAAGGUGAAGAACAUCGGUUGCGUGGAGUUUGGGCGGUUCGAGGUUGACGCGUGGUAUUUUUCCCCGUACCCGGCGGAGUACGCGGAUUGCUCCAAGCUCUACGUGUGCGAGCACUGCCUGAAGUACAUGAAGCACGAGGUGACGCUGUUGAAGCACAAGGCGAGGUGUCGGAUGACCCACCCUCCCGGGCGCAUGAUUUACAGGCACCCGCGGCACGACGAGGGCAAACCGGGUUUGGCGUUUUGGGAGAUUGACGGGAACACGCACAAGGUGUACUGCCAAAACCUGUGUUUGCUGGCCAAGCUGUUCCUGGACCACAAGACUCUGUACUUUGACGUGGACCCUUUCCUGUUCUACGUCAUGACCGAGUUCGACGAGCGAACCAACAAACACGCGGUGGUGGGUUACUUCAGCAAAGAAAAGUGGUCCAACGAGGAUUACAACCUGGCGUGCAUCCUGACGCUGCCGCCGUACCAGCGCAAGGGGUACGGCAGCUUCCUGAUCGCCAUGUCGUACGAGAUUUCCCGGCGCGAAGGGAAGGUUGGGACCCCGGAGCGACCGUUGUCGGAUCUCGGUCAGGUGUCGUACAGGAGUUUCUGGUGCAGGGAGGUGCUCCAGGUGCUCCACGCACACAAGGGGAGCAUAUCGGUCAAGGACAUCUCGGGCGUGACGGGGUUCCAGGAGCGCGACAUCGCCUCGGCGCUGCAGUCCCUCAACCUGCUCAAGUACUGGAAGGGGCAGCACAUCAUCAGCGCCACGCCCAAGAUCAUCGAGGAGCACAUGCGCUCGUUCGACUCCAAGCGUCAGAUUGCGGUGAACCAGGGCUGGUUCAACACGCAGUGGCAGCCGCCCACCUUCGCUCCGCCGCCGAAACCCAUGAGAGGGGGCGCCAACAGGCAGUGA